GGAAGAUGUAAGUGUUUCCGGUGUCAGGUAGAGACGUCAUGGGUAAACAGGACCUGUAGCCGUGGCAGCGGUCGAGGCGGGCUGGUAGGCAGAGUACCGCUGACCGGGGAGCGAAGCUGCCGCAGAUAUCAGCCUGGACCGCAGCGCGCCACCGUUACUGGGCCUACAACUAUGGCAAAGGACAUCCUGGGUGAAGCAGGGCUGCACUUUGAUGAGCUGAACAAGCUGCGGGUGCUGGACCCAGAGGUUACCCAGCAGACCAUUGAGCUCAAGGAAGAGUGCAAGGACUUUGUGGACAAAAUUGGCCAGUUUCAGAAAAUAGUUGGUGGUUUAAUUGAGCUUGUUGACCAACUUGCAAAAGAAGCAGAAAAUGAAAAGAUGAAGGCUAUUGGCGCUCGGAACCUGCUCAAAUCUAUAGCCAAGCAGAGAGAAGCCCAACAACAGCAACUUCAAGCACUAAUAGCAGAAAAGAAAAUGCAGCUAGAAAGGUAUCGGGUUGAAUAUGAAGCUUUGUGUAAAGUAGAAGCAGAACAAAAUGAAUUUAUUGACCAAUUUAUUUUUCAGAAAUGAACUGAAAUUUUUCAUUUUUAUAGCAGGAGGGCAAAAAAAUAAACCAAACAAACCUCUGUACCAUUCCAAUGACUUGUUGACUAAUGACCCAAGUAUGCCACGUGAGAGAGACAGUGUGUAAGGAAUGCAUCUCUGAAGGCAGUAAUACAAAUUUGGGGGAAUUCGUUUUCAGCAGCAUCAGGGCGUAUCUGCUGGCAAACACUGGUGCUGUGGCUGCUGGCCGCCACGGAGGCACGGGUUCUCACCUCUGCAUUCUUAGUCUGAACUAGGCAACCUGUAAACUUGGAUCCUUUUUUGUAAAUCCACAAAGCUUUGAAAGAAAAAACAAUAAAUUAUUGUUUUCAAAUGGCUUGAUCUGUCUCUUUUCCUGGUGCCCGUGAAGUACAUUAAGCCCCUUGUAAGGGGACCCCAGACACUAUCUCCCACUCCACAAAACAAGCCAGGCAGUGGUCAGCAGCUACCUUU